CCUGGAUGCCUUGAACGUCGUUGGCGAUCAGGAGCUGCGCCGCCUUGACGAUUUUCCAGGUACUGUACGUUGUUUCUUUAGAUGGUUCUGUGGAGGUGGAUCGAACUCCCAGCUUCCGCACCUACUCGUGGUGUUCGAGGAAAAAAAGCUCAUGUUUUUUUUAAAAAAAAAAGAAAAAAAAAUCAGCAAUACGCGCCGCUGUCUGUUGGCUGUUGCGUCCACGACUCUUUUAUCCUUCGUCCCGUACUCCCGUUCUCUCUCUCCACCUCCGGCGACCGGGCGACCAGUGACGGCAGUGGCUGAGUGGCGGGCGGGCGAGCGUCGACGGCCUUCGCUAGGUUUUCGUCGGCCCCUUCGCCAGCGACUGGCAACGCCCUUUGCCAGGUCUUCGUCGGCCCCUCCGCUGGCGACCGGCAACCGCCCUUUGCCAGCUCCUCUUCCCCGGCACCAGGACUGAAGAUAAGAUGGCUGCCUUGCCAUUGGCCACCGCUGAAGCAUGUGAUGCUAAUGCUGCUUUAAUUAUGAAUGGUGAUCUUCGUGCUCUCCAACCUAUCUUCCAAAUCUAUGGAAGGCGGCAGAUUUUUGCUGGCCCUGUUGUGACACUGAAGAUCUUCGAGGAUAACGUUCUGCUCCGCGAGUUCCUUGAGGAGAAAGGUCACGGCAGGGUCCUGGUGGUUGAUGCCGGUGGGAGCAUGCGCUGUGCAGUUUUGGGUGGCAACCUUGCCCAGCUGGCGCAGAACAACGGGUGGGCUGGCGUCGUGGUCAAUGGCUGCAUCAGGGACGUCGAUGAGAUAAAUGGUUGUGACGUUGGCGUGCGGGCUCUGAACUCGCUCCCUAUCAAGUCAAACAAGAAGGGUGUCGGUGAGAAGCAUGCUCCUGUGACCUUUGCAGGGACUAGAAUUUGUGAUGGCGAAUGGCUCUAUGCCGAUUCUGAUGGAAUUCUUAUCUCAAGAUCAGAAUUGACUGUGUAGGCCUGUUCUUAUGUUAUGUGUGAACUUGUAAGAAUGUACCAUAGCUGAAUUACAUGACUAGUGGGAAUACUUUGGAUGCUUCGACAGUAUCUUUUGGGAGAUAUAUAUAUUUACCUCUGAAAAUCAUUGCAUCAGACAUGUGAAUUGUGACUAAACUGGGUAUAUCACCGUAUUUCUUUCA